AUGCCUCGUAAAGAUCGCCCCCCAACAGCUCCCUACAGCGAACCCCUUCUUCCCCAACUAGACAUCAAAAACCCCUACUACACAGACCUCCACCACGAACUCCGUGCCUACGUCCGCAACUACGUAGAAACAUCCAUCGCCCCUCACGCCCAACAAUGGGAAACAGCGGGUCAAGUCCCCGAGGAAGUCCGACGACGCCAUUGCGAACUGGGGUUCGGAAUCGUCCAUCCUCUAACCUCUGAAGAAGACGCGGCAGGUAUUCCAUUACCCGGUAACGUGCCCCGUGAGAAAUGGGAUACAUGGUGCAGCCUCAUUGUUACGGACGAGCUUACCCGGGUCGGAUUUGUGGGCGUUAUAUGGGGCCUGGGGGGUGGAAAUAGUAUUGGGUGUCCGCCUAUCGCCAGGUUCGGGACAACGGAGCAGAGGCGAAGAUGGUUGCCUAAGGUUGCGAGGGGGGAUAUCAGGUUUUGCUUAGGGAUUACAGAACCUGAUGCUGGUUCGGAUGUUGCGAAUAUCCAGACGACUGCAAGAUUAGAUGGUGAUCAUUACAUUGUCAAUGGGGCGAAGAAAUGGAUCACGAAUGGUAUUUGGGCUGAUUAUUGCACUGCUGCUGUGAGGACGGGGGGACCGGGGAGAGGCGGCAUCAGUCUGCUUGUGAUUCCUUUGACUGCGCCUGGGGUGACUCGCCGGCGGAUGCACAAUUCAGGCGUCAAUGCCAGUGGGUCGACGUUCAUUGAAUUCGACGAUGUUCGGGUGCCGGUUGAUAAUCUAAUCGGAAAAGAAAACAAAGGCUUCCCCAUCAUUAUGUCGAAUUUUAACCCCGAGCGUCUUACUCUUGCAUGCGCGGCUUUGCGGUUGGCUCGUGUCUGCGCAGAGGAUGCCUUCCACUACGCAGUGCAGCGAGAGACCUUCGGCGCGCCUCUCAUUCAAAGACAGGCAAUACAAUCCAAGGUCUUCAAGUUCGGCCUCAUGAUCGAGCCCGCGUAUGCAUUUAUGGAGCAGCUCGUCAACAUCAUCGAGCUCACUAAAGAUCGGCCCGCUGACGACGUGAAGAUUGGUGGCAUGACGGCCUUGCUCAAGGUGAUGUCUACCAGAGCUCUUGAGAAGAGUGUCCGUGAAGCGCAGCAGAUCCUGGGAGGCGCUGGGUAUAAUAAGUCCGGAAAGGGAGCACGAAUUGAGCAGAUUUCCCGCGACGUGCGAGUUCAUGUAGUUGGGGGUGGUAGCGAGGAAAUUAUGAUGGGUCUCGCUUUACAGGAGGAGACCAAAGCCCUUAAGACGCGGAGGCAGGCUCUUGAGAAACGGUCGAAGCUUUAG